AUGCUGCUGUCAUUGGUCCGCAAAAACUGUUCGGGCAACUGGUAUUGGCAGUACUCGAAUGGUAGCGAAGUGUUUGCCGGCUUGGCUGAUGCCUCUGAGCCUUGCAGUGUUAACAGAGGCGCUUUUAAGGUUAUUAACUUCUGUCUUCGCAAAGAAAAUGGUUCAAAUUGAGUUCAAAUUGCGAAAAAUCCAGUAGUUCUUAAAAAAGAAGAAUUCUGAAUUUUAGAACAGCUUUUUCAUGAGGAUCCAUGGUUUGCUUUUAACUUCAAGGCAUCUUUCUAAAAACCAUUGGGCUUUGCAAAACAGAGUUUUCAGAUAUUUUGUUUUAACAAAAAAGUCAAAAAACUAAAAUAAGUAAAUAGAUUUUGUUUCCAUUCAUUGUCGAAGUAGCCGCAAAUCAAAAAAAAAACCUUUUUUCAUACCAUUUUUCAAGAGAGUCAUUUAAUAUUACAUCUUUCGGUAAUCUACCGGAAUUCAAUGGUUAUUUCCAGGCCUUGGAUCUUGUAAGGGUGAACCCAGACAACUUCACGAUGACCGGGUGGUUUUGUCAGUGUAGUGAGUAAUUUGGAUUCCUAAUUUUCCAAGUUUAAAUAAAACAGUGAAAAAUAUUUCAGGUCCAAGAAGCUUGAUAGCAGCCUCCUGGACGUCAACCGUCAUUCCUUCCACUUCCGCGCCUCCAACUACCACAGGAAGUCCUGCACCGGCAACGACUCCGAACACCAUGAAUUUUCGAACCGGCUUUUCAUCUUUAUCUCUUGCUUUAUUUUUUUGUUUGCUCAAGAAGGUUCUGAAAGGUAG